AUGACCGGCGCCUGUUAUAAUUGUGGUCAACGAGGUCAUAUAGCUCGUGAUUGUAAACAAGGGCCGAAAGAUAAUUUUAAAGAUAAAGAGAAACAAUCUACUGCUAGUGGUCGAGUGUUUACAUUAUCUGCUGACAAAUCUACUGCGGGUAUGGUUUCUCGUACCAUUUCUAUUGACGAUAGAGAUGCAUAUGUUUUAUUUGAUACAGGUGCUACACACUCGAUUGUUUCUGAAAACUUCGAAGAAAAUCUUAAAUCGUAUGAACAAUUCACUGAAUUUCCUUUACAUAUUACUACUCCUAUGGGUAGUUCAGGUGUUUCACCUGAGAAGGGAACUCGUGUUAUCUCAGAAGUAAAUGUUAAAGCAAUGAUGAACUUCCAGGAGUUCCUCCGGAAAGGGAAAUUGAAUUUUACAAUUGAUCUUGUUCUGGGAGCUGCUCCCAUCUCAAAGGCUCCGUAUCGUAUGGCUCCAACCAAAAUGAAAGGGCUUAAGGAACAACUUGAAGAUCUUUCUAAUCGGGGUUUCAUUCGACCCAGUGUAUCUCCGUGGGGUGCACCAGUUCUAUUCAUUAAAAAGAAAGAUGGAUCGAUGCGGUUGUGUAUUGACUAUCGGGAACUAAAUCGGGUCACGGUACUUAAUAAAUACCCUUUACCUCGUAUUGAUGAUCUCUUCGAUCAACUCCAAGGAGCAAAGUAUUUUUCUAAGAUUGACUUAAGGUCCGGAUAUCACCAACUCCAGAUCAGAGAUCAAGAUAUUCCUAAGACUACAUUCCGUACUCGAUAUGGUCAUUACAAAUUCAUUAUUAUGCCAUUCGGGUUAACUAAUGCUUCAGCAGUUUUUAUGGAUCUUAUGAACCGAGCUUUCAAAGAUUAUUUGGAUGACUUUGCUAUUGUUUUUAUUGACGAUAUUCUCAUAUAUUCAAAGUCGAAAGAAGAUCACGAAACUCACUUGUGUAUUACUUUAGAAACUCUUCAAAAUAAGAAGUUGUAUGCAAAGUUUUCUAAAUGUGAAUUCUGGUUGCAUCAAGUGGCAUUUUUGGGCCACAUUAUAUCCGGCGAAGAAAUUAAAGUCGAUCCUGCAAAGGUUUAUAAUAAUGUUUCUAAAAGUGGUCUUGGUUGUGUUCUAAUGCAACACGGCAAAGUGAUUGCGUAUGCCUCUCGCCAACUCAAACCUUAUGAAGUAAACUACCCUACUCAUGAUCUAGAGUUGGUAGCAAUCAUUUUUGCACUCAAAAUAUGGUGUCACUAUCUGUACAGAGAGACUUGUGAUAUCUUUACUGAUCACGAAAGUUUAAAGUACAUCUUCACGCAAAAAGAGUUGAAUAUGCGUCAACGACGAUGGCUCGAACUUCUUAAGGACUACGACGUCCAAAUUCAAUAUCAUCCAUGCAGAGCCAAUGUAGUCGCCGAUGCCCUUAGCCGUAAAAGCAUUGGUAAUGUAUCGUCUUUAACCGUUCAGUCCCAUAUUGCUUCAGAUCUAGAACGUAUGGGUAUCACUUUGUGUUAUCGUGGUGCAAAUGAACUUUUGGCUAGUCUCACGGUUGAACCAACUCUUGUGUCUCGAAUGAAAGAGGCUCAACAAGAUGAUGAAGAACUUUGGGCUAUCUUACAAAAGGCUAAAGAUGAUUCACAGUCUAAUUUUCGAGUUGAUGAUAAAGGAUUGCUGAAAAAUCAGAGACGACAUGAUGCUAUAUGGGUAAUAGUUGACCGUUUGACAAAAUCGGCUCAUUUCCUACCCAUACAGGAGAUGUACCCUGUUAGUAAACUGUCCAAUCUAUUCCAGCGGGAAAUCGUGAGGUUGCAUGGCACACCAGUUUCUAUCACAUUGGACCAAGAUCCGCGACUCACUUCUCGAUUCUGGAAAAGUCUUCACAAGGCUUGGGAAGAUAUGUUACGGGCUUGUGCUCUUGAGUGGUCUGGUGGUUGGGACGAGUCCCUAUAUCUUGUGGAGUUCGCGUAUAACAAUAGUUGGCAAGCUAGUAUUGGCAUGGCCCCAUACGAAGCUUUAUAUGGUCGGAAAUGUAGAACACCGAUCUGUUGGAAUGAAGUAGGGGAACGGGCUAUUGAAGGACCCGAACUUGUACGGAUUACUACUAAACAAGUCGAGAUCGCAAAACAGAAAAUGAAAGAGGCUCAAUCUCGGCAGAAAAGUUACAUUGACAAGUAUCGAAAGCAUUUAGAGUUCCAAACGGGUGAUCACGUUAUCCUAAAAGUUUCACCGUUACGAGGUAUUCGUAGAUUUGGAAUUAAAGCUUCUUCAAGCUCGGAAGAUACUACAUAUGAUAAUGAGUCAACUCAGGGUGAUCUUAAUAUUGAUGAUGAUAAUGAUGAUGGUGCUGACAAUACUGCUCAUCUAGUGGCUUUACAGAAUAUUGAAGUGGGAGUAGUGAUUGACAACAUUGAAGAUAUAUUUUCCGAAAUAGAAGGUCAACAGUCUUUCCCAAGUCUACAGUCGUUAUCUUUCAAUGUUGAUGAAGAAUUUGGUGAUACAUACGAUGAUUUCGAUCGUUUAAUUGAAAGACCCGGUUUACAUAAAUGA